AUGAUGCUUCCAGCAAGCCAGAUCCUGGUGCCGCUGCUGCUGCAAGAUUUCGACAUCAACUGGAAGCCGUCGAGUCCGCCGAGCAAGCGCGCGAGGCUGCGCGAGUUCAAGCACUGCAUUCCCCACGAUGGGCACGAGUGGCUCAAGUACGGCCAGAAGGACAUCUCAGGCAGCCGCUUCUCACGGCAUUAUUUCCGCUGCAGCCACUCCGACAACGGGCGCCGCUGCCCUGCGCGCCGAGUGGUAGACGUGCACACGCAGUUCGGCCAGCCUGGCGCCUCUGACGUCGCGCCACGUAUCACUCACUCCGGCAAGCACAACCACGCGCAGCCUGCCUCUCGCACCCCCUCCGCGAACGAGUCUCUGUUAAUGAAUCCCAUAUUCCCUACAGAGCGCGCCAAUCUCUCUGCUACUGCUAGUAGUAUGCAGAAGCAGCUUGCAAUCACAGGUCACAUGUUCCCGCUCCCGCGUGCACAGCUGCAGCAGCUUCCAUGCUCUGAGAAGAGGCAGCACCAUGCGACCACACUCCACCUGUCUCUGAUUCGCAGUGGCUUGGCGAAGGAAGAUGGCGAGAGGUGUGACAACUCGUGCCCGCUCACACCCACCACGCCCAGCUCGCCACCGCCGCUGUCCCCGCCACUGUCCGCCCCACUGUCUCCGCAGCUGUCCCCAACGCCUUCCACGCCGGUUUCCCCGCGGACUCCCGUUUCGCUCGGGACGGCAUCAUCCAGCAGUUUCAUCCCGCCAUCACCAGGAGCAGCUGCGGAGGAGGCCGAGCGGGAAGCGGGAGAGCUGCACACGGGCUUGGCGAAGGCGACUCCUGCGACGGCAUCGGAUGCGAUCUCCACCAAAGGCGACGUGAAACCAGAAGAACCACAAACGGUCGUUCAGGCGACUCAGGCGACCGCGACAGAACAGUCGACUCAGGCAAAUGCUGCGUCGAAUGGGGGUGCUGGCGGAGGAGGAGGGGGAGGGAAGAAGAAGAACAAGAAAAAGGCAUCCUCUGAAUCCGUCGGGGUGCAAGCUCCCGUAGCUGCCACACCACAAGCCUCAGCAGAUGCUGAUUCGUCAGCCUCAGCUGCGUCUCAGCCCAAGGAGGGAGGGGAAGUCAUGCUGGCAGCUGCAGCAGCAGUAGUCGCUGCGGCUGCCGUCUCUGUUGCUCCCGCAUCAGUCCCUGAGCCUUCACCAGAGCCUGCACCAGCAGCCCCCGAACCUGCACCUGAAGCACCUGAACCUGCACCAGCAGCCCCUGAGCCUGCACCUGCACCAGCAGCCCCUGAGCCUGCUCCUAAAGCACCUGAGCCUGUGCCUGCAGCCCCUGAACCUGCUCCAGAGGCCACACCGGUAUCAUCUGAGCCUGCGCCAGUAGCACCUGAACCAACGCCUGCUGCACCUAUAACAGCGCCUACACCUAUUUUUGAACCAGCAGCCGUUGAGGCGGCACCGCCUGUAGUGGAAGAGAAUCAACCAGAAUCAGAGGCCAAGGUUGCAGUCACAACAAGCAACAGUGGUGCAGAAGAUACAAGGGAAGGGGCUGGUGGUGGUGCAGAGAAGCAGGGUUCUGCUGGCACGGCUGCACCUGUGGCUGCCGCUGCUGGGUCAUCGUCAUCUGUGGGGGUUGAAGAAGAAACGAAGGCUGUGGUAUCAGAAUCGCGGUCGAGCUCAGGAAGUGAGGCUGAGAAGCCAGUAGAGGAGAAGGAUCGGAACGGUGUGCAGGCAGAGAAACCUGUCGCCUCCCCCCAGGAGCCGAUUGAGAUCAUUGAGCCCCAGCCGCUGCCAAAUUGCUCUGCACUUAUCUGCUGGAUCUUUGGCUGGACUGUUCACCCGGGUCCUUGUUUUUCCUCUCAAAACGCACUACGUGUUCUCCCCUCCACCUCCCGCCCUUCCGUAUCUCCCUUCCUCUGCGUCCUCUUCAACUCUCUCCCUCCAUCGUUUUUUCACUUCCAGCAGUCUUGUCUCUUCUAUCUCCCCAUCCCUUACCUACCUCCCGUCCCCUCAGUCCCUUAUUCCCUCCCUCCUUCCCGCCUCCCGGGUCCGGCCUCCCACAUCUUGUUCUCUUCGUCCUUUGAUCUCUCCUCCUACCCUUUCUCCUUCCGUCUCGUGAUCCCGCCCAACCCUUUUUCCCUCCGUCCCCUGACCCUUCCCGCUUCCUGCUCCUCACCUCUCCCCUGCUCCUCACCUCUCCCCUGCUCCUCACCUCUCCCCUGCUCCUCACCUCUCCCCUGCUCCUCACCUCUCCCCUGCUCCUCACCUCUCCCCUGCUCCUCACCUCUCCCCUGCUCCUCACCUCUCCCCUGCUCCUCACCUCUCUCCUGCUCCUCACCUCUCCCCUGCUCCUCACCUCUCCCCUGCUCCUCACCUCUCCCCUGCUCCUCACCUCUCCCCUGCUCCUCACCUCUCCCCUGCUCCUCACCUCUCCCCUGCUCCUCACCUCUCCCCUGCUCCUCACCCCUCCCCCACCCCUCCCUCCCUCCCCCACGCAGUGGCUGCCCGAUUCUUUCUCUCGAUCUGAUCGAACAUUUCCUCCAGUCCACCAAUAGCUGGCUGCAGCAGGAUUUUGACCUGCCCGGCCGCAAGUCAAAGCAGGAGAAAAAGCUUUUGGAGGAGGCUGAUGGGGGAACACCAGCAAAGCAGCAGCAGCAAUUAGGGUUGGGUUCAGCGGGUGGCAACGGGCGGCGGAAAAACAUUGUCCUCUUGCACUGCGAGCGUGGCGGGUGGCCUCUCUUGGCGUUUAUGAUCGCCUCGUUCUUAGUCUUCCACAAGGAAUGGAAUGGCGAGGAGGAGCGGGAUCUCUUACUGGGCAUCUACAAAGCGGCUCCUAGGGGUUUCCUGCAGCUGCAUUACCCCUUAAACCCUGUCCCCUCCCAGGCGAGAUAUCUACAGUACAUAGCCCACUGCGUCAGCUCUUUACCCCACGGGUUUAUUGAGAGGGAAAGCAAGGACAAGAAGGGGAAGGGGAAGGGAAAAGCGGGGGCGGAGGAGGAGGGCAGCGAGUGGGGGAGCCAGGUGCUGGUACCGUCUUCUAGAGAGGGGUGUCUGGGAGCGAGCAGCAGCCGGAUGGUGACUCUAGACUGCCUGCUGGAGAACAGCAGGUUUGGCCGUGAUCCAGGAACCGAUCCAAGCCUGCUGUUUUCCCGUUCUACCCUUUCCUUCCAACCAGAGGGAAGCGGAGGUGGUGAAGAUGGACGUCAUGGCGGUGGUGCAGGGCGACGUGGUGAUGGAGUGCUUGCAUGUAGUUUGACUCACACCCCCCUCUUUCCCACACGUUACCCCUCCUUUCCCCUUCUCUCCACCUUUCUCCGUGGUGAUGGAGUGCGUGCAUGUGGACAGCUUGACUCACACGCCCCUUCCUUUCCGAACCUCCUUUCCCGUGCCGUCCUUUCCCGUUCUCUCCCACACCCCAACAACCAGAGAGAGGCGGAGGUGGUGAAGAUGGAUGUGAUGGCGGUGGUGCAGGGGGACGUGGUGAUGGAGUGCGUGCAUGUGGACAUGGAGGGGGCGGGCAGCGAGCAGAUGGUGUGGCGAGUGGCGUUCAACACGGCCCACGUGCGAUCCAACAUGCUCGUGCUCUCCCGAGACGACCUCGAUAUCCUCUGGCACACACGGGAGCGGUUUACGCAGGACUUCAGAGUGGAGAUCCUUCUGACAGACCGGGAGUCCAAGGUGCCGCCUCCCCCUGCCGCCACCUCUCUGGCUGCAGACGACUUCGGCGGACUGCCCCUCGAUUCCUUUCUCAAGCUCAAGGAGGCCUUCGAGGAUUCCAAUUGGUCGCAGGACGACAGCUCGCGCGCCCUAGAAGAGAUUCGCCACACCAUCUACUCCGCAGCCAGCACCAAGAGGAGAAACCGCCGCAGCGGAGGGUUGCGGGUUCGAACCCGGGUGCCGGCAGGUGGGAAGUGGGGCCCGGGAGGGGCGGGGUUUGCAGGGGAUAUGCUGGAUGAUAGCGAUUAUGCAUCGGAUUUGGACUCGGCUGAUACUUCUCCGACGUUUUCGAGCAUGUUGCAUUCGAGGGAUGGGAGCCCGUCGCCGUCUCGGCCGUUUGGGAGUGGUUUAGGGUUUGGGAUGUUUGGGUUUCCGGGCGGGAAGGCGCGGAGGAAGAUUGGGUCGGAGAUGGUGUUGCCGCCUGGGUUGUUGUUUGCGGAGCAGACUUAUACGGAGGAGGAGGGGUUGACCAGGAGAGAGAAGGCGAGUGCCGGUGAUUUGAAGAUGCUUUGGUUGGAUUUGGCGAAUGGUCCUUCGCUGUAUUGGAAUGAGUGGGAUCCGGAGCUGAAUCCUGUUCUGGGGAAGCUUUUAAGGAGGAUGUCGAAGCGGGUGCCGGGGUUUAAGUUGCCCGAGAUGGGGUUGCUGGGGCAGAAGGGGCUGGAGAAGGGGGAGGAGGAGAAGAAGGAAGAGGAGGAGGAAAAGAAGGAAGAGAAGGAGGAGGAGAAGGAAGAGGAGAAGAAAGAGGAGAAAAAGGAAGAGAAGGAGGAGGAGAAGAAGGAGGAGGAGAAGGAAGAGGAGGAUGAAGAGGAAAAGGCUGCGGCCGCAGCUGCUGCUGCUGCUGAGGCUGCAGCAGAACGGAAGAAACAGGAGAAGCUGCGGAAGGCAGAAGAGAGGCGGAUGGAGGCUGAGAGGAGGAGGUUAGAGGAAGAGGAGGAGGAGAGGAGGGAGGAGGAGAGGUGGAGGGAGGAGCAGAGGAGGAGGCAGGAGGAGAGGGCAGCUAGAAAGGCAGCAUUAGCUGCAAAAAUGGCUGAGCCAGAUCCGCCCAGUCCCAAAGUAGCCCCCCCUCCCCCGCCUCCUCCCCCAGGAGGGGGACCUCCUCCGCCUCCUCCGCCUCCUCCGCCUCCCCCUCCCCCACCCCCUCCCCCAGGCGGAGGCGCUCCUCCCCCUCCCCCUCCACCCCCUCCCCCACCCCCUCCCCCAGGUGGGGGUCCUCCCCCGCCCCCUCCUCCACCUCCUCCCCCACCCCCUCCCCCAGGGGGGGGCCCUCCCCCUCCUCCCCCUCCUCCCCUUCCCGCAGGGGGCCGGGCCCCCCCGCCUCCUCCGCCUCCUCCCCCACCUACCCCGGGUGGGGGCCCUCCCCCGCCUCCUCCCCCACCUCCUCCCCCAGGUGGGGGACCUCCCCCUCCCCCUCCCCCUCCCCUUCCCCCGGGCAGGGGCCCUCCCCCACCUCCGCCCCCACCUCCUCCCCCAGGCGGGGGCCCUCCCCCACCUCCCCCCCCACCUCCUCCCCCAGGUGGGGGACCUCCCCCACCUCCUCCCCCACCCCCCCCCCCCAGGCGGGGGCCCUCCCCCGCCUCCCCCUCCCCCCUGGCGGGCCCAGAGGACCUCCCCCUCCCCCUCCCCCUCCUGGCGGACCCAGAGGGCGGACCACCUCCCCCUCCCCCGCCCCCAGGGGGAAAAGGCCCUCCAGGCCCCCCCCCUCCCCCAGGGUUUAAGGGGCCCCCCCCUCCCCCAGGGUUUAAGGGCCCCCCCCCUCCCCCCGGGUUCAAGGGGCCGCCCCCUCCCCCCGGGUUCAAGGGGAAGGGUCCCCCGGGGCCCCCUCCCCCCGGGGGGUUCAAGGGGGGGUUUGCAGCUGCUGCACCCCCCCCCAAGAAGAAGACCCCCCUGAAGGCGUUUUUCUGGGGGAAGGUGACGCGAGUGGUGGAGGGGAACAUGUGGGCGGAGGUGCAGAAGGAAGAGCAGGUCGCUGCUACCCCCAAGUGCAAGGUGACGCGAGUGGUGGAGGGGAACAUGUGGGCGGAGGUGCAGAAGGAGGAACAGGUGGCUGCUACCCCCAAUUCAGCUCUGGCACCUUGUUCCGCCCUCUGUGCUCAUCAACCCACCCAUUCCCUGCGUCUGGGCGGUUUCAUUUCGAUCCCUCCUCCCCCCAAGAAGAAAGACACGGGGCUCAAGAAGGAGGCCAAGCCGCAAGCACUCACUCUUAUUGAUAUGAAGCGAGCCAACAAUUGUCAGAUUAUGCUUUCCAACAUGAAGCACCUCAAGUACUCUGAGAUUGUGGACGCCAUUCUAUCGCUGGACAGCAAGGUGCUGGACGGGGAGAAGGUGGACGCUCUGCUCAAGUUCUGCCCCGCCAAGGAAGAAGCGGAGAUGCUGAAGGGCUGUGGCAUGCCCCCGGAGAAGCUGGGCAAGUGCGAGCAAUUCUUUCUGGAGAUGUUGCGAGCGCCGCGUAUCGAAGCCAAGCUGAAGAUCUUUGAGUUCAAGCUGUCGUACGACCAGCAGGUCAAGGAUGUGCAACGCAAUCUGGAUCUCGUCCACAAUGCUUGCAAGGAGGUGCGCGAUUCCAAGAGGCUGAGGCGCAUAAUGCAGACCAUUCUGUCGCUGGGGAAUGCCCUCAACCAGGGCACUGCCAGGGGCUCUGCCGUGGGGUUCAAGCUGGACAGUCUGCUGAAGCUCACCGACACCAAGACGCGCAACAACAAGAUGACUCUCAUGCACUAUCUGGCGAAGGUGCUCACGGAGAAGCUUCCCGAGCUCGCCUUGUUCUGGGAGGAGCUGCCGUCCCUUGAAGAUGCCCACAAGAUCCAAGUGAAGCAGCUGGGAGAGGAAAUGAGCCAGCUCAACAGCGGCACCACCAAGCUGGAGCGCGAAAUGGUGGCAUCAGAGAAGGACGGGCCUGUGUCUGAGAACUUCCGAGCGGCUCUGAAAGAGUUUGCAGAGGAAGCCACGUCAGGAGCCAAGAGGCUGGCUGCACUUUAUGCUGAUGUGUCCAAGGCAACAGAUGGGCUCUCGAGAUACUUUGGAGAAGACCCAGCCAAGUGCCCCUUCGAACAAGUUGCUACCGUGCUUCACAAUUUCGUGCAGUCGUUCAAAAAGUCUCAAGACGAGAACAUAAAGAACGCGGAAGCGGAGAUAAAGCGGAUCGAGAAGGAGAAGAAAAAAGAGAUUGAGGACAAAAAGAAGAAGGAAUUGGAGGAGAAAAAAGCGGCUGAGAAGGCGGCGAAAGCAGCCAAGGAGAAAGCAGCACAGGAGGCGAAAGAAGCAAAGGAGAAGGAAGGGGGAGGGGGAGGAGGGGAGGAGGGAGGGGAAGGGGGGAAGGAUGGGAAGAAGGAUGGGGAGAAGGAUGGGGAGAAGGAAGGAGAAGGGAAGAAGGAGGAGGGGAAAAAGGGGCCUGUUAACAUGCUGGCUGCCAUUAAGAAGCGCCAGGUGGCGAAUGAUAAUGAUGAUGAUGAGGAUGAGGAUGAGAAGAAGGACGAGAAGAAGGAGGAGAAGAAGGAUGAAAAAAAGGACGGUGGAGAUGCAAAGAAGGAUGAGAAAAAGGACGGUGGAGAUGCAAAGAAGGAUGAAAAGAAGAGUGGUGAGGGGAAGGAGGGAGCGAAGGAGGGAGGGAAGGAGGAGGCAGGGAAGGAAUCGGAGGUGAGUGAGGUGGAAUCAAGUAGUGAUGACGACGAUAGUGACAGUGAGGAGGACGAGGAGGAGGGGACAGGAGACAAGCCAGCAGAAGGGGCAGCAGCAGCAGCAGCAGGGGUAGCGGCAGCAGGUGGUGCAAAGGAGGGCGAAGCAGCAGCAGCGGGGGCGGCAGCAGGGGAGGAAGGAGCGAAGGAGGGUGGAAAGAAGAAAGUGGUAAAGAAAGUGGUGAAGAAAGUAGUUAAGAAAAAGAAAGCUGCGGAAGGGGAGGGGGCGGCUGAAGGGGAGGUGGGUGAGGGGAAGAAAAAGAAAAUAGUGAAGAAAAAAGUGGUGAAGAAAAAGGAUGGGGCUGCAGGGGAGGGCGCGGAUGGGGCAGAGGGAGGUGGGGAGAAGAAGACUGUUAAGAAGAAAGUUGUCAAGAAAAAGACAGCAGCAGAUGCGACUGCUUGA